UACAGCUCCCUUAUUUCUGAUCACGUCGAGUAAAUUGGAUCCUGUCAACUACGUACUUAGUACUUAGGAAUGGAAAUUAGCGCUUGCUUAAGCGAAGCAAAUUGCAAAGAAAACCAUGUGAGGUGAGCUGUCGGUAUCUUUGAACAAAGGUGAAAGGAAGGGAAAUAAAAAGUCGAGCACGAGGUGAGCUGGUGCCCGCACAGCCACAGCUAGCUCAGACAUCGACGACUUGGCACUAGGCAAGGAACUUGUUGGUUAGGUGAAGCGGCGUUUUCCCUGACCUGCCGAAUUAUCUGCGACACUUUCCUGCUAGCUUGUAUGAACCUGUCAAAGGCUUGGUCGAUGGUUGCCAGGUCAGAGGUGCCGUUAGCUUGGAAGUCGGAACAUGGUGAAGGGAAAAAAAAAGGAGAUAUAUUUCUAAGCCAUUUUGUACGACUACCCGGCUGCUAGAGCUGUUUCUUUCUGGUUUUCAUAUUUGUACCAGUUGCGUGCUUAGCGUCCCAAGUCAUAGAGAAACUGUGUCUGCAAAGGGGUUGGGAUGGAAUAAUAUCUGUCCCCUUCUUUCACGCCCCUGAGAUUGAGAGGCAGGUCCGUUCUAGAACGGGGUCGCAGCACAAGAAAGAAAAUGCGCGCACGCAUCUGCGCGGGAGCUGACUGCCAACAAUAUCCACCGACUACCAAAUUUUCGAUAGAGAUGCAUGCAUACCCUGCACCGCAUGUUUUGCUAUGUACGUGUUGCUAUCCGGGAUAAUGGACAAAUGGCGCUUUUGGAGCCUACGCCGCGGUCUCCUCUUCUGGAUCACUGGAUGGAUUGCCGAAACUGUCGUCUAGUUUGCUCUGUCUUUUGCCUUUGGAAAAAGCAGCCAGAUCCCACGGAAUCUUCCCCUCUUUGCCCUUCUAAGCAAAGUGUAGAGUCCAUUCUAUAAUCAAGCAGUAACAAAAAAAAAAUGAAUAAACAAAUAACAUGAAUCAUACACUUAAUGUUCCUCGAUCCGACCCGGUAGAGUGUGUUUGAGAUGAGUUGAGCUCAGUACAUGUCGAUAUCCCGAUCCAACCGGCCGAUGUGCUGUUGAGUUGAGUGCGAUGGCGUGGUGCGGUGUUGAUGAUCCAAUCCAACGUGCCGGUAUUACUGUUAUUUUUUUUCCAUUUAUUGUUUCGCAUUUCAUCCUCUACCCGGUUUGUUUAAAAAAAAUACAACUAAUGCUCACGUGGACGUGGGCACCUGCUCGUGUGUCAGACCAGAGACCGAAGAAAUAACAAUACAAUCUUGUGAUUUACUUGGUCCAGUGCUGCUAUGCUACGUGGUGCUCUGACAACGCCCAAGUUUUUAGGGUGCGCUGCUUAUCUUAAUUACUUCAAAUUCACCAAAAGUCAAUUUUUCUCAUAAAAAAGUUGAGAACUCAUCGGAAGGAUUCCAACCAAAAAACUUUGCACGUCAUUUUCGACCAAAGCAAGGUACGUUAGCUCACCCAAUCAGGCCUAAACCACAUUUCCUCCCCCACGUCCUAUCUCUGCUUAGUCAAGACGUCCAUGUCUAACCCAACACACCCAACUGUCAUAACCACUGCCCUGCUUCUCGUGGUACCCAGAGAAUAGACAGGCGGUCGCGUUCGGAGUCGCUGCAACGCCACCUCGCUACGCAUUCCAUCACUGUUUGUCCACAUGCAAGCUCUGCUCGCCCGAGCAACCAACGCGUCGCCCCUCCACAGUGCUGGCCACCUGCCAACCACCGCUCAUCGAUCUCAGCUCGUGUUCUAGAUGAUCUGCAAACUGUCGAGCUCCGUGGACAAAGAGGAAAAUGGCAGCCGCGCCACGGCAACCGAUGCCGGAUCUCCACACGUCACGUUUCGCGCCCGGGAACGCCGCCCAAAUUAAUUAGCAGCAGUUAAUCACUGCCAGCGGGAAGAAGCCCCGCGAGCCAGGACACUGUCCCGUCGCGCUCCCUCCCUCCCCGAUCCUCUCUUUGGGCAGUUCCGACUCGGGCGCCCCGCCGCCGCCGCCUCCGCCGCGCCGCAAUGGAGCUGCUGGCCAAGGCGCCCGUGCUGGGCUGCGCGGGGAAGAGGCAGCUCGGGGCCCCCGUGGGCUCCGUCGUGGGCGCGCUGGGGAGGUGGAUCAGCGGGGCCGUGCCGCCACCGCCGCCGCCCAGGGUGUGCGGGACGCCGGGGGGGCCGCCGGUGACGGCGCCCAGGGUGCGCCUCAGGGACGGCCGCCACCUGGCGUACGCGGAGUCCGGGGCGCGCAAGGAGGACGCGCGGUUCAAGGUCGUCAUCUCCCACGGGUUCACCGGCUCCCGGCUCGACACCAUCCGCGCUGCGCCGGAAGUGGCCGAAGAGCUGGGCGUGUACAUGGUGGGCUUCGAUCGCGCCGGGUACGGGCAGAGCGACCCCAACCCCAACCGCUCCGUCAAGAGCGCGGCGCUGGACGUUGAGGAGCUCGCGGACGCUCUGGGACUCGGCCCCAAGUUUUACGUGAUCGGCAUCUCCCUCGGAUGCCAUGCCGUCUGGGGCGCCCUCAAGUACAUCCCCGACAGGAUCGCUGGUGCGGCCAUGAUGGCGCCAGUGGUGAACUACUGGUGGCCGGGUUUCCCCGCUGACCUGGUCGCGGAGGUGUACGCGAAGCAGGAGGUGGGCGACCAGUGGGCGCUUCGCGUGUCGCACCACGCCCCGGGCAUCCUCCACUGGUGGAUGGAGCAGAGCUGGCUGCCCACGUCGACGGUGGUGGCCGGCACGACGCCGCUCCCCAACAAGCGCGACGCCGAGAUCCGCAGCAAGAUGAAGGAGGACGGCACGUUCCAGCAGAAGAUGGAGCAGGCGACGCAGCAGGGCAUCCACGAGUCCUACUACCGCGACAUGAUGGUCAUGUUCGGCAAGUGGGAGUUCGACCCCAUGAGCCUGCCGGAGCCGCCGUGCCCCGUGCACCUGUGGCAGGGCGACGAGGACGGCCUCGUCCCCGUGGUGUUGCAGCGGUACCUGGCCAGCCGACUCAGCUGGCUCAACUACCAUGAGCUCCCCGGCACCGGACACUUCCUGUCGCCGGUGCCCGGGCUGGGAGACACCGUCCUGAGGACACUUUUCGGUUGAUGAGCAGGUCGUGCAGGAGCCAGAAGCAGCAACAGUUUCAGAACGUAAGGACGGGUGCUAAACCUAAAGUAUAGAGUUGUGGUGCAUUAGUUUCAUUUGUUGUAAGGCUGUUGGUUAGUUGUCGCUGAUUAGCGAUGAUAAAAUGAUCAUGAUGAUAAUAUAGAUGCAAGGUCGCAGUGCCUGCAAGUA